AUGGUGCAACUUGGUUGUGGUUCAAAUAUUCCACUAAUUUCAUUUAUUACCAGCAACAAGAAAAAACGUUUACUCGUUGUCAAUGGUUAUAUCUAUAAUCUCAAUAAGUCAACUGCAAAAGUGAAUUACUGGGUUUGCGAAGAGAAGAUGUGUUGGACUGGUAUACACCUUAAUUUGAAUGAUGAAUUUGUCAAGCAUACGGCAAAUAGUCACACCCAUUUGGCCAUUCCCGAACGACGCGAAAUUCGUCAAUUGAUGACAAAAGUUAAAGAGCGAGUGACAAAAGAAACAACAGCCAUCGGUCAAAUUUAUAACGAAGAACUGAGUCGAACAAAUUUAUCGAGAGGUGCUCUCGCGAAUGCUCACACAGCGAGAGUAGCCAACUCUGGUCUUAACCGUACUCGACGACAAAUAACGCCGACUCUUCCAUUAUCAAUGAACUUUGACAUUCCAUCGAUUUACAAAGAAACAUCUAAUGGUGAAAGGUUUCUACUUGCCGAUCGCAUUCAGCGUGUCAAUGGUGAAAUCGGUCAGCGGAUGGUAUUGUAUGCGACUGACGAACAGCUCCGACUCCUUUUCGAUUGUUCUCAUAUAUUAAUGGAUGGUACGUUUGAUUCAUGUCCUCCUCAUUUUGAUCAAAUUUACUCAAUUCAUGGAAUUCGAAAUGGGCAAAACUUUCUCUGUGUUCUGGCACUUCUAACUGGUCGAUUCGCAGCGAUCUACAAAGAUCUUUUCAUGAUCCUUACUCAACAUGCCAAUCGCCUCGGAUUGCAUUUUUCUCCAUCACAAAUCACAACAGACUUUGAACCAGCAAUGAUCAGUGCUGUUGCUGAUGAGUUCCCCAAUGCACGUCAUAUUGGUUGCUACUAUCACUUUGUCCAAUCAAUUCAUCGACAAGUUCAGUCCCUCGGCUUAUCAAAUCUUUAUCGUGAUGAUAUAAAUAUUCGUUCAAACGCUCGAAAACUCAUGGCUCUGCCACUUGUACCAUUGAAUAAAAUCGAACGAGCCUUUGAAGAAGUCGUACAAACUGCGCCCGAUCCUCGUUGUACUCUCAUCCGCUACUUCCGUGGGUAUUGGAUGACUAAAAUGAAAAUCAGUAUGUGGCAUGUUUCCGAUCUCAAUAUUCGGACAAACAAUAUGGUGGAGGGCUGGAACCAUCGCUUCAACCGUUGCGUCGCGAAAUAUCAUCCGAAUGUAUGGCAUACCCUCGACUGCUUUAAGCGUGAGGAAGUCCUUUUUGAACAGCAAGUUCUGAAGAUGCUUACCGGCGAAGAAAAGAAGAGGGACAAAAAGACGAUCAAUCUUCAAGCUCGAAUCGACACUUUAAGUUCAUUAUUUGAACACAAUCAAAUCAAUUUGAGCGAUCUUCUCGAUGGCUUAUCUCUCCUGGUAGGAGUUAAAAAGUGA